UAGAGAGAACUCUACAUAACUUUCUGUGAUGCAUAUAUAAAAUUUUCUUUAUAUCCUAUAUAUAAGUUAACCAUUAGGAUAGUCAAUAAGUGAAAUUUAAUUUUAAACAUCAUGAACAUAUGGAAAUUCUUCCUCUGUUAUUCUGCGGAAACAAUAUCACUUUUUUUAAGCUUUUUCAAAAUUGUUAUGAUAGUAGUGCUGCUGCAUCAUGAUAAUCAAACAUGUGAUGCAAUUACUAAUAGCCAAACAUAUUGUACCCCUUCUUCAUGCGGCGAAAUCACCAACAUCAAGUAUCCGUUUCGACUUAAAGAUGACCCAGUCACCUGUGGUAAUCCGAGGUAUGAGUUGUCAUGUGAAAACAACAUGACAGUGUUGGCUCUGUUUUCGGGUAAAUACUAUGUGCAGGAAAUCAACUACGUACGCUACACAAUUCGGUUAGUUGAUUCUGGAAUCCAAGAGACUGAUUGCUCAUCCAUUCCUAAGUAUUCCUUAGCGGCGUCAAAUUUCUCAGUUCCUCUCAUGAAUAAUUAUAACGACUACGUGGAUCCAUAUGAAAUGGAUUAUGGUUCUGGGCACAUAAUAUACUUGAACUGUAGUAAACCAGUGAAGGAUGAUCCUGAGUAUGUUGAUAUAGGUCACUGCAUCAACAGGGACUCCAAAAGCUAUCUUUAUGCUUUUGCUGCGGCGGCUCCGUACUAUUCGGAUGGUCUUGUUUUUAGCGACUUUUCGGUUGGGAGAUUAAAAGAUUACUGUAACGUGAAGGUUGUUGGUAUGAUAUCAAUAUCAGCGUUUCAUAGUAACAGAGUCAGAGAUGAUGUACCAAAUGGAUCCCUUUCAAACGAGCAAAUUCAUGGAAUGCUACUCUAUGGCUUUCAGCUAUCGUGGAUAGCUAGUCCUUGUAGAGAUACUUGCGACGAUGACCAAAUCUGCAACUUCAAUGGAACCACCAGAAAUAUUGAAUGUUCCUACCUAGGCGACAUGCCUGGUUAUUGCAAAUAUCCAUUGGAGAAACAUGUCCACAAAACAUGCGACCAACUGUGGAAGCCGCGCAGAUAUGUUGAAGAUCUAGCAAUUGGCAUUGUUAAAGGAAUAGCCCAAAUAUUUAGGAUAACAGCCACUCAAACAAUAGAGAAAGGGUCAGACUCUCUAAUUGCUAUCGAGAUAGGAAGAGUGACCGGAAGAUAUAUUUUACCAUAUUUUGUUCCGAGAUUUAUACUGGGUCUUUUGAUUUUCUUUAUGCUAUUGAUAUAUAUGUAUGGGAGAAGACAUAUAUCAAUUUAUGCAAAUAUUGAAGGUUUUCUUCAAAGAAGUACCUUAAUGCCAAUUAGGUAUUCACACAAAGAAAUAAAGAAUAUGACAAGAUGUUUCAAAAACAAGCUGGGUGAAGGAGGAUUUGGAGCUGUUUAUAAAGGAAAGCUUCGUAGUGGAUCAUUUGUAGCCAUAAAGAUGUUGGGAAAAUCAAAGGGUAAUGGACAAGAUUUUAUCAAUGAAGUCGCAACUAUAGGGAGAAUACAUCACGCCAACGUGGUUCGACUUAUUGGAUUUUGUGUGGAAAGAUCAAAACGAGCUCUUGUUUAUGAAUUCAUGCCCAAUGGUUCUCUUGAUAAAUACAUUUCUUCUAGAGAGAAUGUUAUUACUCUAACUUAUAAACAAAUGUUUGACAUAUCUCUUGGAGUGGCUCGUGGAAUUGCUUAUUUACAUCAAGGAUGUGACAUGCAAAUUUUACAUUUUGAUAUCAAGCCACAUAACAUACUUCUAGACGAGAACUUUAUCCCCAAAGUUUCAGACUUUGGUCUUGCGAAGCUUUAUCCUAAUAACAUUAGCAUUGUCACUUUGACUGCAGCAAGAGGUACAAUUGGUUAUAUGGCUCCUGAAUUAUUUUAUCAAAAUAUAGGAGGAGUUUCCUAUAAGGCUGAUGUAUAUAGCUUUGGAAUGCUUUUGAUGGAAAUGACAAGUAAGAGAAGAAAUUUAAAUCCACAUGCGGAUCGUUCAAGCCAACUUUUCUUUCCGUUUUGGAUCUACAAUCAAUUGGUUGAAGAAAAGGACAUAGAAAUGGAUGAAAUUUCAGAUGAAGAAAUGAUUAAUGUGAAAAAGAUGUUCAUAACCGCGUUGUGGUGUAUACAAUUAAAACCAAAUGAUCGUCCUCCGAUGGACAAAGUAAUAGAGAUGCUAGAAGGGAAUAUUGAUGACAUCGGAAUUCCUCCAAAACCUUCUCUAUAUCCAAAUGAAAUUAUUCAGGAAGAUCUCGAUGUAACCUCUGAGGAAUUUGAGUCAGAUGCUGUUACUGAUUGAGUCAGGUGCUGUUACUGACUUUGUUAUUUUCUACAUGGAACAAACAUAUAGCCUUUAUAUAAUGUAUUCUACUUUACAAUUGUUGCACGUUUCAUAAUAAUAUCUUCUAAAUUAAACUUAUGUGGC